AUGGAGAACAGUGAACAGGCAAACAGCCCAGAGGGUGCGUCGAGGGUGUCAACACGAACCUCAGGUCGGGUGCUCUCCAGAGACUAUGCCGAGCAGAACCUAUCGAGGUCGCCGUCCCAGCAUCAAUCUCGUUCUAGGUAUCCCGACUUCAACUUUGGCCCGGCUUCACUGCGUCAUCGCAUCAGUAGCCUUCAAACAAGUCCGAACCCAAGUCCUGGUCCAGCACGAACUUGGGGGAGAGAUUAUGCGGAUUCCAGCAGAAGAUCUGUUGUCAUUGCUGCCCCUUCAGCGAGAGGCGAUGCCACUGAUACUGCGUCCCGAAAAUUCUCCCUCGCUGGCCCCCCUCCUCUGGAUACCUUGGCCGCCAACCAACCAUACAUUGACCCAGGAUACACACAACUCAAUCCGGCAUAUGAUCAACCAACAAAUGUCAGACCCGUGUGGGGUCUUGCUAAACCGUUGCCUCGUGUGCUGAGACCAGGCAUGGUUCCCGCGAAGGACGAGCUUGAGAAGGAAGUCCAAGAGGAAGAAAGAGAAGCACAACAGCCGCUGAUGGCAGAUAUCGAAGCCGGCAGGAUUGAACCCUCUCUAAGGCCAGACAAGGUAUCUUCGCAAUUGGACACUAUCCGACGCGAGAGAGAAAUAUCCCUGUACCGAGCCUAUCAAAACCAGUACCAAGAGUCACCCGCAUUUUCACCCUUUGGUGCCGCCAGAAGAACUUCAGACGCACUGACCGAAACGCCGCACACGUGGAUUCGACCAGAAGAUACAAUCGAGGAAGAAGCUGGCUCCGAGUCUCAACAGACGGAGCAGAUUGAACCACCAGAGCUGUCACUACCCGAAGCAGUGGCAAAUGUGAAGCGAGCAAAGGAGGAGGAAGAGGAAUGGAAAGACGACCCCUACGAGGAUGCAGUUCCUUUGGCAGCGUAUCAGGCCGAAGAGGAAGAAAUCCACAAUCUGCACACAUACUGGUCCAUUAUUCGGCUGCGCUUUCGAGAACCGUUGGCCGAGCUACUAGGAAUCAUGGUUCAAUACACACUUGGUUUCAGCGCCAAUCUGUCAAUGACUGUCUCGCGCGGAGCAGCUGGCGUCAAUGAUACAGGAACCUGGGCAUGGGGUUUCGCGACCAUGUUAGCCAUCUACAUCGCGGGCGGGAUAUCCGGCGCUCAUCUGAACCCUGCGAUAUCACUAAUGCUCUACAUCUACCGUGGGUUUCCGUUGCGCAAAAUCCCCGUCUACGUCGCAGCUCAGAUGCUCGGCGCUUUUCUGGCGGCUUUGGUUGCCUUUGGUAUCUUCCAACCCGGCCUCAUCGCUCUGCAACUGCAUGCGGCGCAGGAGCAACAAAGCCACCUAGUAGAACAGAAGUUGGCUGAAGGCAUUGGCUCGGCUUCAGUCUUUCCACUGGUGUCGCCGAUGUCAACAGUAGUAUUAUCUAACUUCCUCACCUUCCCCCGCGCCUCCUGGGUUGAUAGCGGCACGGCAUAUCUGGCCGAACUUGCGGGCACCACCAUCCUAACUAUCUCGGUUCUCGCCCUCGGUGACGACACCAAUGCUCCUCCGGGGGCCGGGAUGAACGCCUUUAUAGUCGGCUUGCUAGUUACUGUCCUUGGCAUGGCAUUUGGGUAUAUCACCGGUCUAGCUAUGAACCCAGCACGCGACUUUGGCCCCCGCCUUGCAAUGCUCGUUCUCGGUCACGGCAACUUCAAAACCCUCUUCGCAGACGGCUAUUGGUUCAAAGUCGCAUGGUUAGGGCCCAUAAGCGGUGCUAUUCUGGGGGGCCUCCUUUACGACGCAGCUAUCUUCGUUGGGGGCGAAAGUCCCGUGAACUAUCCCACGAGGCGGAUCCGACGGGCUGCGCGGAAGUGGGGGAAGCGAUGGAGAGCGAGGAUGAACUUUCGACGCACAAGACGGUGA